GUCCGUUUAGAGCGGCGUCGUGACGCGUCGGUACGCCAGUGCACCGCGUACCACGAACCGGUCAACUCACCUUUCAAUCACCGUUCGUUCGCCCGACCUACGCGUUCGCUCUGCUCGUGUUUACCUCUCAUUGACGAACCUCGAAGCGAAGCGUCGGGAACAAGGAGAAUAGAAUCCUUCAGUUUACGGCAGAUCGGAAGAGUGCCGUGUAACAGAUAAUCGUUCCCAUCGUCCAGCCUGCAAUAAGAGUAUCAGUUAAGGAAAAGCGUCGGAAAGCGUCGGGACGUCGGGCAAUCGUGGACCAUCGGUUUAGCUGUGCCCUCGAGAUGCGGUGAUGGCUCUGCUGUACAGAUUCGCGCAGCUGCCUGACAGCAGUGGCACGCGGGUCUUCUCGUUCGUCGUCACCAGGAGCGUGGUACGCGAUCCCGAAAGAGACGUCACCAGCAAAGAGCUCGUCUGCGGAUUCCAACGAUGGUCGGUCGCGUUUUCGCGUGGAAACAAGGUGUUAGGCGCAUACCUAGUAUGGCGGGGAGCCUCGAGGAACCUGCGGGUCUACGUGGACUUCACGUUCACGCUGUUGAACCGGGAACACUUCUCGAUGAACGAGGGUUUCUCGGGCAAACGCGUGAAAUUCACGUACGAGGCGCCUGCACAGGGCAACCGGAACUACAUCCCAGUGUCGGACCUCUACAGUCGCAACUUUGCCGACACGAACGGAGAGUUCCAGCUGGAACUAUCCAUGUCAAACGUGCGGACGGUGUACAUGACCGAGCUUAAGAUGGCCACCAGCACGUUCCCGGCGGGACAAUCGAAGCCGAACAAAUUGGAGAGCGAUUACUUCGCCUUCGGGGGUUUCGAUUGGAAUCUGGUCAUUUAUCCGUACGGGAACAAGGAGCCGGAGGGUUACCGCGGUCACGACAGCGGCGUCAGCGUUUACCUGAUGAGGUUAACCGGGUUCGAUCAUCGUUGCCGUGUUAGAUACAGCGUUGCGCUGGGCGAAGGGGAUCGCAGGAUCGAUUCCGGACAGAUCGAGGACCUGUCCGACGCGGAAGGAUGCGGCUUCGGCUGGCAUCCGAGGGUCAGGUGGUCGGAGAUCGCGCACAAAGGCGUGGUACGACUGUCUCUGGAGAUGGUCGAGGCUAGAACCAUCUGCGAGAUUGCGGUCCAGGCACGCGGACCCUCUGUCCUACCCGCGACACCGUGCUACGACCGGGAUAAACAGGCUUGGACCAUCCGCGCUGAUCUCCACUCGGACACUGUCAGGCUGCAUUUGGUCUACAAGGACAUUCACAACGUCCCGAGGAACCAUUUGAGGUACGUUAGCUGGUCCGCGUACCUCCUACGAGACGAGGACCCGAAGACAGCUGCGAUCAGCUUACCGGGUGGUCCGUUCAGCCGCUACUACGCUCAGGAGUCCGCGGACGAGGGCAUAAUCAUGGAGACGAAUCUGGACACGAACGAGGUGAAGGAAAAUCACUGUCCCUUUUUAACGGACAAGGGUCAGCUGAGGAUCCGGCUCGAGUGGAACGAGAGCCACUUGCUGUUCCAGGCUACCUACCACAAAUACGACGACGUAUGCCGGAUCCACAAUCAACAGAUGAGACGCGAGAUAGCCUCGCUUCAGGCAGAGAAUUACAGCCUUGAGAGGCAGCUGUUCAGUUACCAGAAGAGCCUGGCGUACGCUCAAGCGCAACAGCAACAGCAACAACAACAGCAACAACAACAGAACCAACAGCAUCACAGUGGUCAUCAGCAGGCUCACCUGGAACGUUCCGCGUCCACAGACACCGAAUACGCCUGACAAGUGGAACAGAUGCAGGCUAUCGAGCAGCCGGCUACCGGUUGCAGGCGACAAUUACCGACCGUUCAGGAGAACGACCAUCGGGUCCAUCAGAACCUGGUCAGGAUGAUGGACCGACGGCUGAGCAACGUCCAACUGCAACAACACCUCUACGAACCGGACGCGACAGCGUGCUCGCCGAGGCAGAGCGUCGAUCAGUCCCAGGAACAUCGUCGCAGUAUCGUCCAGCAACCGAAGUCGGCCCGUUCCAGCGUCGGCAGGUCGGACAGCGGAUCGGAUCGUGGGAACGAUCGUUACUCGGCCGCAUAUUAUUUGGGGUACGUCGGUCAGGAAGCGCACAAAAGACGUAGGACCACUUUCUGGGAGACCCUGACGGGUCUUGUCUGCUCAUUGGGCGCUUUGGCUUCCAGGGCUGCCAAGAUGGCCACCAGACGGGGCGAGCCUCUUUGAAGAAUACGCCUUCGUUAAAGGACCACCGGACGAUAAUUGGCUGCGAAAACGGGCACUGGGAACGCGGCGAGAAUUGUGAUGUAAUGUGACACAGAUGUCGAGCAACACAGACACGAACGGUGAAGGAUACGCGGAUGUGACUUUGUGCUUUCAUUUUCCACUCGUCAUCUCGCUUAGAGAGCGAAAAGAAAGAGGAAUGACGUCGAGAUUUUUUUGAUGUUUCCGUGGCUAGCACGAUUCGUCCAUAAAUCAAAGAAGAGUUUUCCAUUAGAAAGGAGGACAAAAGCGUUCCUUUCCUCCUUGGCCCAGCACUGUGAUCGGGCUUGCCGAUCAACUCGACAAUACGGAAGAGGCAAAGAGGGACGUCGAAAACACCUACGACGAGGAAAAAAGAGAAAAUGAUGAAUCCUAUUGUACCAAGAUGGUUACGCUAGCGCAACAACGCCGAAUCGAUCACUUUCGUCCAUUUUUCGUCGAUAAAGUAAGAAAAGAGAGAGAAAGAAAAGGGACACAUGUCUCGUCCGCUUUUUGACUAGAAACGACCAGAUGAUUCGAACGGAAGAGAUUCGGCUGAAAAGAACCAAACGUAGCCAAUUAGAAGCUGACGUUAAUAAUUAUUCGUCAUAACGAUGAUCAAACUCAACACAAACACGUUAAAUUUGGAAAAUCAAUGGGAAUAUUAAGAAAGGGAUCUUCUCCCUGGAUUCCAUUCCUUCAUUGUUGUCCAUGCAAACACAAUUCUAUCUACUUGUCAAUUUUACUAAGAGAACUACAGGAGCAGAACAAAAGCUAUUUUCACUCUAAAGACUUGUUUUUCACCUAUCGUCUGCGACUUCUUUGAUAAAAUAAAGGAAUCCGUGAGCGGUGUAGCCACCGUUGUCGUGUAACAGCGUAUAAUUAUGGUAGAGUUACUCGUGAUCGAGUACAGAUAAUAACUUUUAGAGUACAGUCGGUGUUACGUAAACGAAAUUAGGGGAACGAAGGGACUCGAUCGAAGAGGACGUUCGCGUUCGUACUAGAAAACGACCAUCGGCUUUCGUCGUGAUAAGUCGAACAAAAGACCAGGGUAAAAUAAAAAUACGAACGUUGAUCAUCGUACAGAGGGUUCGUUCGUAUCUCGAGGAAACUUUAGAUUUAUUUAUUUAUCGAUAGAAUUCUAAAUCAAUUUUAAAUCGAUACUCUGAACUGUCGAGAAUAAUUCAAGGGAUAAGAGAUCCUUAUUCCCUAUCGUUCUCAGUUUCCGACACAGAAUUCUAAACUUUUCCUGCUGUUUAAAAAUGCAGAUGUCCUUUCCGUGGAAACUUUUUCUUUCGACGCAGAGUUAAAGAUUUCCAUAACAAAAUCUUUGUUGUUUCAUAACUUGCAAAGUUCAGGAACCGUUGGUAUCUUUAUAAGUUUAAGUACUUUUACUGGAAAACAAGAGACACCUUGGUGCUUUAUUUUUCAACAAUUACAACUUCCUCGAAGCGUUAAAAGCAAUUAGAACUCUCAUCGUUAACCUUCGAUCCCCUCGACCUCGCGUUUCAAAGCUUCGUACUGUCUCCUUUCUCCGUUUCUGUAUAAUUGUACCUGCGAACGGCGUUGCAUAUUGAAACACGUGUUCACAUCUGUUACAAAUCGGUUGCGGACGCGAUCGAUACGGCAGCUCCUCGUCAUUUCACAUCGUAUACACGUAUAACGAAUCACCAGGAAUCGUGUACACUCGGGUGCAACGUAGGCUUUUCUUGCUUUCGAUCUUGAGAGAAUCGAGGAGAGACAACUCUGGUACAUACAUUUCUUUUUAAUACAUUGACUGCCAACUAUUGAAAAUGGAAUGUUUAAUUUAAGAAAUGAAAUGAUUAUACUUUGAAUAAUUGAAAUUAUAUAUACAAUGGCAGUCAAUGUACCAACCAGGAAAAGCCCAUUUGCAUGCAACCAUAACACACAGGUGCUGGACCUCGUUUGUACACACUCGACGCCUAAUUAAAAGCACCGAUAGGAUUUCCUUUAAAAUGGGCUGCAAAAAUAUUCGGGCACCGAUUAAAACAGAAUGCCUCGUUUAAAAUUGGACCAAAUGACUUGAGAUUUUUUGAGAAGCUAUACAAAUUAAUUUACUAAUAUAUGUGUUUUUGUCGUUUUAAAAAAUUACAAUUUAUAUCAACGCGAACGCUCGAACGAUUAAAUACAAUUGCUUGAAAUAAUUAUCUCUAUCACCGUAGAAAAUCGGGUAUCGGUGCUUUUAAUUCGCGACACGGUAAAAGACACAUCUCGUGAAAGUUGUAUCCCUCCUCUGAAGUAGCGGAGUCUGUAUACUUUGUAUAUAAUUGUACUAAAACUGUUGACGAUUUAAAGAAAGAGAAUUACAAGAGUUGUGCCUAUAUGAUAUGCGCGAAGCUAAAGAAGGAUUUCAAAGAGGAUCGUACGAUCGAGAUUCCAUUCCGUCGAACGGCACCGUUCGUAAUUUCGUGUAAUUCGCGUUAUCGUUUCUGCUCUAAUUGUCGCCACAAUAUCAGCGUACAUUGCAAUUUUUUACCUCGCCUGGUAAUUCCCGUUCUAAACGAGCUUCGUUAACGAGUUGAGGAAAAAAAGAAAAAAAAAUGGUGUUUCGCAGGUUUAACGAUAUUCUAAUCGUUAGUCAUAUGUAGGUCAAGCUUAGCGCAACUGAUAAGGAGUGACACGUAGACAUAACUAGAUCCGCGACUGAUAAAAGCGACAAACAAGCGAUCGUAAUUAUCAUCCAGUGUCUGCUCGUCUACGAAUCACGAUGGAAGUUUAUAAUUUUCUUUCUUUCUUCGACAGCAAAACUCCUCUUAUUUUACUUAUUUCUUGGCGACAAGGAACAGCAACAAAGUUUCUUCGUGUCCGUAUAAAAAAAAAUAAAAAAAAAAUGAAUGAAAUGAUAAAGGGAAAUAAGCAAAGACGAUCAUGCGAUCCUCGAUGAUCUACGUGUACGUUUCUGUAACGUGAUAGAGAAAAAAAAAAAAAAAAAUAGGGGAAACGAUCUCUCGUGCAGCGCACGCGUUUUCCAAAAUGUAUCCUCGAUUCAAAAGUUUCUUAUCUUAUACAGUGGUAUAAUAUAUAAAAGGACCACCGACGGAAACGAGCGCCGUCGACGUCGAUGCGUCUGCGAAAAGCUUGUCAGAAUCUUCGCCUAACCGACCCCUCGUUCCUCGACUCGUCGACGGUGAACGGGCGGAAAUGAAAUGAUGCGACAAUACGUUCACAAGAUCGUCGAGGCGAAGUUCGAGGAUCUUAACGGCGGCAAGAAUCGAUCGUAUCCUAAUAAUGUCAUUGUAUUGUUGUGUAAUUUGUCAGAUUUUAUCGAUCGUGUAAUUCGCGAACAAUGCGAACUUGUACGAGUGUCCCGUGAGUUCGCCGAUUUCACCCUUUCCCUGUUUCACAAGAGACUAGCGACGUACAGGCAUCUCUCGUGUAUCCCUACUUGCCGGUCUUACUCCCCUGUUCCAAGGUGUAUUCGAUCCAGAAUUUUCUAACGAAAACGCUUACGACAGGCGUGACAGCAGCUCUGACAAUCGCACGUAAACCCGAUCGAAGGGUGAAUCCUUCGCGUCCGUCAGCGUUGACCAUUUUUCAGAUUCCGCUUUGGGGUCUAAUUGAUGUUCAAGCGCCGAAUAAACGUCGCGCAAUACUUGCGAGAAAAUUUGAAAAAGCAUACUGGGAUGUUCUGAGAGAAUGUAAAAGAAAAAAAAAAAACAUUUUGACGUCCAUUGAAGUAGGUAGAAUAUCCAGUGCUCGAACGUUUCGAAUACAUGUACAACGUCCAAUAACCGGAUGGCUUGGAUACCUUGGAUAUCUCAGUCCGUGUUGAGAUAUUUCAGCUUGAAACGGUAUGCAAUUUUCAAACCCUGCAGUGACCUGAAAUAUCCGAUAGCCACGUUUCCCAUGCGGCUGAAAUAUUCGAUACGAAACGAAGAGUACUUCGUUUAGCGGGCAUUCUUCGAAUUCUACGUGAAUUUUUCUUCCGUUCUGACCUGUUCGAAUAUGUUCGAGAAUAAUAUCUCGGAGCGUUCGAGCAUGGUAGAAAUUAAAGAAAUUCCUUUCUCGUCUCUAGUUUUGGCGACGUUUAACAAGGCGGUGGGUUUUCAAAGUCCUCGUGCCCGUGAUUCGGUUCGGCACACUUCAGUCAAUUAAAUUCACUAUCACGAGGACCGAGCGCGGGCAUCGUCGUCGAGGAGCAAGCCGAACACGAAGCGGAAUACGUAUAUGUAGAUUUACAUAUAUAGAUUUGGAAUUUAUCAAGCAGAGACCAGCGUGUCAGUCGGGUCAAGGAGUCCUCGUCCUUGAUUCUCUCUCCUCUAUUUCUUUUUCCCCCAUAUCUCUUAUUAUCUGUAUUUCCACGAUCGUCAUUGAUUCGCGUAACGUGCAAUUAAAAGACCAUUCGUUGUCUUGCGUCAGUCCGGGCAAGCAUCGAUUGACCUCCGUAAACGUUGAUAAGUUAAUCCUGAUGAAAUAGUAUCUAACUAAAGUAAUAAUUCCAGCUUGGAAAUUCAUCCAGAUAGUUUAUAGAAAGUUUGAAGAAUUUUCACGCGACGAUAAAACGGCGCGCUUUCGUUCGAUUAUGUAAAUAUCAGACAUUGGCCUCUCGCCAUUUCGGUGCCAGCAACGAUAUUGCUCCUGCUCCAACCUCGCAUAAUUAAUUUUUGUCCAUCGAUAUUCCAGGAGUGUAACUCUUUUCGAGCCGGGGUAGAACGUUAAUAUCGCGCUCGGCUGCAGGUUAUCGGUUUUUCCUUAAAAACGGGAUAUGAAAUAUGAAAAGAUAUAGCGUCGUAUAUUCGUCAUCGAGCCCGGCAGAAUUCCCUCAGAAAAUUCGUCUCAUAAAACGUGGAUAUACCGAACGAAUUAACAUUAAAUUUGUCGAAUUCAACUUUCAUCCCCUCUUUCUUGCAGCGAGUAAUAAUUGAGUUAUUUAUCUAAUUUUAUCUCCUUCGUCGCCACCAUCGUACUGUAAUCCCUGUUCCUAAGAUCCUAUCUCAUUGGAUACUGGGGUACCACAAAAUUAUGAUACGACCCGACAUGGCAGUGGUGAAACUAAUAUCGAGACAGAAUCUAUCAAUUCUGAAAGAAACGAACGUCGUGCACGCUGACGGACGGUGACGCCAUAAAACAAAUAUCGAUUCUCUUAGGUCAAUUUCGUGAUAAGGACCGUUCACGAAUCGCGAUCGUCUGCGAAACGAUUUACAAACUCGAUCGCACCUAUGUAUUUCCUUGCUCCUCCAUGCAGGAGCGAAGGUCACGUUUUUUCUUAUCGACGGAACUUCCCUCGUUCGCGAUGCACCCCAAUCGUCGCGUUCCUCGUGCCAUUUUAUCGUCAUCCUUUUCUUUGCUGACUGCACGCUUUAAGAACAAAGAAAGAUACAUAUUUUUUUUUUUUUCAGUCACGAACAGGUUUAACGGCAAACGAUAAGUUGAAAUAUAUGCAUACACGCGUAACGACGUUGGUAGAGCACGUGCAUUUAUAUUUUGUGACGAUAAUGUCAGGAACUUACGAUAUGUAUGUGUUAUAAUGAUUGUAUUUAGUUUCGAACGGUAAUUGAUGGCACGACGACAAGAGGGAAUCGACACGAUCUAGUCGAACGAGCGUUUCCUUUUUCAGCUUCUAAAUCCUCGUCCGACUCUUUUUCGAUUCAAUGUAUGUUCGUACUUUUUACGCACGAUGUAAACGCACCUAUUUACGCAGCAACCUUUUUUCAUUCCGUGUGAUCUAUUUAACAGAAAAGAAGAAAAAAGAAAACGUUAAAAAAAAAAUAAUCAUAAUGAUGCAAACGCAAAACCGUCACAUGUUUCUCAGAAUUUUGAGACGUAUACUAAUGUACUUAAACCAUCUGUGAGUCUGCCUCGUCUUUUAUAAAGUUCUUGCUAUAUUCAA